AUGGUCUUGGGAAGAGCUGAGAUCAUUAAUGUGUACAAGGAAGCCAGUGGGUUGGCUGAUUUUUUGGCCUCAUAUGAUGUCCAGACUGAAUGUAGUAAUGAUUUCUCAGGUAGUGGUGUCUUGCCUAUGGUUGGAAAAUCGGUGCUGCUUAAGGACCAAUGUUUGUUGCCUAAGUCGAGGAUGAAGAAGGUGUUGGUAUGGAGGAAAGGCAGGGAAGGGGUCCAUGAUAGCAAUAUUGUUGCUGCUUAUAGGUUUUUUUGA